UGGGACCAAUCGGAGAGGCGCAGCCUCAGUGCCUGGUUUCUUCACGAAGAUAGAGGAAAAGAGAAAAGGGAACCGUGCCAAUGGGCUACUGAAGAACAGAAAAGACGAAACGCACUUCUCUCGGACCUCUACCCUUUUUUAAUGCUCCUUAAUUCUGGAUUAUAUCAUAUCGCGGACUGGAGGUAAAGGCGAAACAAUGGCUCAAUCAUACUGAGUAGCUCGUGUCGGGGGAGCGGAGCGCGGAGAGGAAGAGACAUUUCAGGGGAAAUUGUCGGGAGAUAUAGGAGAGCAGUUACCCUAAAUCCCCCCUCUCCCCCGUCCCGGAAUCCUGCUCUGUAUGACUCUAAUGGCUUGCUCAAUAAUAUAACCCUCGGUCACAUUUUCAAUCACACAAUAAAUACAAUAUUGUAGGUCGCGACGUGGCUAUUAUAGCUUCGCAUUAGCCGUGUUUUUUUUCUUUCUUUCUUUUUAUACAUCUGUUUUUGAUAUACAUAGCCAGCGGCAGCGUUCGUCUCGCUGCGGGUAUACAGAUAAGUAUGGAUUUUAACAGUAGCGGAGGGGGCAGCGAACUGCACAACAAUCACUACCACCAUGUAGAGGACAGCAAACCUUUACUGGGGGAGAUGUCUACGCCGACGCCGCCGGAGGGUAACAAUAAUAAUAAGAUGGGCGCCGGGCCGUAUCGGAGAACCCUGAUCCCCUCCAGCACCGGGAUGCGAUACAAGCUGCUCCAGGAAGGAGAUGCCCAGGUGUGUGUGGUGAAACACCCUCGCACCUUCCUCAGCAAGCUCCUCACUUCGAAAUUCUUACGGCGAUGGGAGCCGCACCACCUCACGCUGACGGACUGCAGCCUCGCCUCGGCCACGCCUUUAGGGUACAUGGAGUCGCCCCUGUCCUACAGCUGUAUAGAGGACCUGCAGCUGCUGUGCUGGGACAACGCCCCCAAAUACUGCCUCCAGCUCAGCUUCCCCGGCGGCACCAUCCUGCUGCAGGCAGCGAACAGUUAUGUGCGGGACCAGUGGUUUCACUCUCUGCAGUGGAAGAAAAAGCUGUAUAAGUACCGGAAGGUUCUGACGAAUCCGAGCCGGUGGGAGGUGGUGCUGAAGGAGAUCCGGGGGCUGGUGGAGCUGGCGCUGACCUCCCCUCUGCAGGACGACUCCAUCCAUCAGGCGCCCCUGCACAUCAUCUCCACCCUGCUGGCUGAGAACACCAACCUGAGUGCCCAGGAACAUGAAAGCAUCAUCGUGGCCAUCGCCCCUCUGCUGGAGAACAACCCCCCACCACCUGACCUGUGUGAAUUCUUCUGCAAGCACUGUCGGGAGCGUCCACGCUCGAUGGUCGUGAUCGAAGUGUUCACACCUGUGGUCCAGAGAAUCCUCAAACACAACAUGGAUUUUGGGAAGUGCCCCCGCCUUCGUCUCUUCACUCAAGAGUACAUCCUGGCCCUCAAUGAGCUCAAUGCUGGCAUGGAAGUGGUCAAAAAAUUCAUACAAAGCAUGCACGGCCUGACCGGGCAGUGCCCCCACCCCCGCGUCCUCCCCAACCUGGUGGCUGUCUGCCUGGCUGCCAUCUACUCCUGCUACGAGGAAUUCAUCAACAGUCGAGACAACUCUCCCAGUCUGAAGGAGAUCAGGAACGGCUGUCAGCAGCUGAAUGACAGGAGGCCUGCCCUACCCCUGCGCUUGCUCCGCCCAGCCACGCCCACGCCUCCAACCACGCCCUCGCCUACACCCCCCGUCCAGACCCCGCUGCCUCUCUCCCCGCCGCCCACCAUCAUAAACUCCAGCGAGGUCCUGGUGGAACUGGAGCGGACUAACAACGUCGCCAACGCCCGUCUGAAGGGGCCAGCGGGGGGCGACAGUGAGCCCAACCUCAUAGACUGCCUGCUGGGUAGCCCCGCCCUCAGUGCCCUGACCAUCCAGCUGCCGGCGCAGGCCAACCGCGUGCUGCGCUGCUUCGCCCUAAUCCUCAAGAUGCUAUCAGACUACGAUGACUGGAGACCAGCUCUGGCCAGCCUGUUGCAGCCUAUUCCCUUCCCAAAAGAGGCUCUUGCACAUGCCAAAUUCACAAAAGAGCUGAAGUACGUUAUUCAGAAGUUUGCGGAAGAUCCCAGACAGGAGGUACACUCGUGUCUCCUCAGCGUGCGUUCUGGAAAGGACGGCUGGUUCCAGCUGUACAGCCCAGGGGGCGUGGCCUGCGACGAUGACGGAGAGCUCUUCGCCAGUAUGGUGCACAUUCUGAUGGGCUCCUGCUACAAGACCAAGAAGUUCCUGCUGUCUCUGUCAGAGAACAAGCUGGGCCCCUGCAUGCUGCUGGCACUGCGGGCUAACCAGACCAUGGUGGAGAUCCUGUGCCUGAUGCUGGAGUAUAACAUCAUAGAGAAUAAGGACACUCAGCUGCAGAUCAUCUCCACCCUGGAGAGCACGCAGGUGGGCCGGACCCUGUAUGAGCAGCUCUGCGAGCGGCAAAGGGAGCUACGCGAACUGCAAAGGAAAGGUGGUCCUACUCGCCUCACACUGCCCUCAAAGUCUACGGAUGCUGAUCUGGCUCGGCUGCUCAGCUCGGGUUCCUUCGGGAACCUGGAGAACCUGAGCCUGGCCUUCACCAACGUCACCAGUGCCUGUGCCGAGCAGCUCAUCAAACUGCCAUCCCUCAAGCAGCUCAACCUGUGGUCCACCCAGUUUGGCGACCCAGGGCUUCGGCUGUUGUCUGAACACCUGGCGUGUCUACAGGUGUUGAACCUGUGUGAGACACCCGUCACAGACGCAGGCCUGAUGGCCCUCAGCUCUAUGAAGAGCCUGUGUAGCCUGAACAUGAACAGCACCAAACUCUCUGCUGACACCUACGAGGACCUCAAGGCAAAGCUGCCCAAUCUAAAGGAGGUGGACAUCCGCUACACAGAGGCCUGGUGAUCGCGGCCCUGAGACGCCAUCCCCGUGCCGGAACCUCCUUUCUAGCGACACCCUAAAGGUCAUGUUUUAGAGUUGGGACCCCAAACGAAAAGGGCACCUUUUUGAAGCUGUCCAUUUAUUUUGGCUUCAUGGACCUCAGGACCGUUCUCAGGCUCCAAAAAUAUUUCCCGAAAUGAAAUGACAUUAUAGCGUAGAAGCAUAGAAACGAGAGGACCUGCCGUCUCGUGACAUCACCCAAACAAAACAACGUGCUUUCUAGUGACAUUGCCAAACUGCAAUGACCUGCUUGCUGGUGACAUCAUAAAAACAACAGGAUCUACUUUCUAGUGAUUUCAUCAAAACAAGCUGCUCUACUUUCUAGUGAUAUCCUCAAAGAAAUAGGAUCUUCUUUCUAAUGACGCCAUCAAGACAAGAGGAACUACUUUCUAGUGACAUCAUCAAAACACCCCCAGCAUUGCCCUCCAUUAUGUUCUGUGGUGAAACGCAUUCAAAAUUUCUCUUCCUCUCUUUCCUGUGGGUCCUUCUGUCAUCAAUCACAUCAUCAUCCUCAGAACACUGGGACACCUGAACCCCCUCCCCCACCCCCAAAAUUAGUUUUAAUGCGGUUUGAAAUGAGACCUCAGUUGUGCCACACUGGUAAACACUGGAUUAGGGUAUUUUUUUGUCAGGCGAGAAAAUGGCCGCCCUGCCCUGGUCGCCGCGGUUACCGACGUCAUGGCUCAUAAUUUCUCCCGUCCUGUACAGGCAAGGGUUCGGUUCUGUCUUAAGACCACUGACAAGAGGAAGAGGAGUUACCGAAAGACGGUGCCUACAACCCCCAGCGCCCCCCUUUUAAUCAAUUUAUAUUGACUUGAACGAAUACAUAUUUUUUCCAGACAUCUCUGCUUUCAUACGCUGUGUUUAUAUAUAGAUUAUAUAUUCUCUUUAUGGAUUUGUUUUCAUUUGAAAUCAGGCAUUUGUGCUCCGCGGUCAGGAGACUGAGAAGGAAAGACGUUUCUCUCUCUCAUUUGUUUAAAUCUGUUUUGUUUUUAAUGUACAUAAAUCUGUGUAUAGCUCCCGUAUUUAAGUGAAAGGCUUGUAGGAGAUGGUCUGGAACUGGCUCAUCUUCUGACUUCCCUCUCUUCUCUCUCUCUCUCUCUCUCCCGCCUCAGUCUCUCUGUCCCUCGCCCUGGUUACACUUGGUGGAAAUCUUGCCUCUAAGCACUGUAGAGCUGUCUCCAGCCUCUCCUUUCUUAUUGGCCACAUCAUUUUUGUCUCUCUCUUCUGAUUGGUCUUUUCAGCGCGUCUCCUCUCUUUCUGGCCAAUUCCUUUUGUGAUUGGCUGACUGAAGAUUAACAGGUAAAUUUCACAGGUCUAGAAACAUAACACAGAGCACACCUGCUCUUUUCCAUAACUCUUUUCCAAGACCAAUCAUGUUUUCUAUCUAUAUUGUAUACAGUUUUUUAUAUAUACACCCAUAAUGUGUAUAUAAAUGUAUAGAUAUAAGUGUAUAUAAUUUCCUUCUUUUUCCAUAGGAGACAGUGUUUUUCUUCCAUCUUCUGUGCGUAUGUAUGUAUGUACAGUAUGUAUGUAUGUAUGUGCAUGCAUGCAAGUGUAUGACGUGCGUAUGUGUACACGUAUAUGUGUUUUUCACAAGUGCACUGUAAUUUGAACUGUUUUUGUCUGUCAAUACUUAUCUUUUAAACUUUGUGUUUUAUCUUUUUUUAUUUGUUUUCGGUCAGAUUACAUUGCUUGUGUUUUUAUUCAUGUACAUUCACUUGUGUUCAGUUUUUUUUUAAUUCAACAUUUAAUUUAAUUAGCAUUUUAAGGGGCGUACUGUGAGAAAAGAGGCUGAGCGUGUGUUCUGUACACAAUGGAGUCUACUGUACUCACACUCCAGCGGUGUACUGUUUCGUGGAGCGGCUGACUUCUUCAUGCCACAGUUAUGUCAGAGACUUUUCGUUUUCCUUGUUUUGAAGUGAAGGGUAACCUGACAGGGAAGGUUAAGCAUCUUAACCAAGCCUUUUUUUUUUUUACUGUGUAAGAGGGGAAGGGGCAGUAUAACAGCAAAAGAAAUUACAUGUGACGGUUUAAAAAGCCUUGCUUUCUUUGGUGUCUGCUGACUGUGUCCUGUGGAGCUAACUAGCAAACUAGCUAGCCCCGCCCCCCUCACCUUCUGUCCUCUUUAUCUGAGUAAAAAAAAAAAAAAACCUGUCUUUUCUUUUUUCUAUUUUUCUUAUAUCUGAUAGCAGAAGGGUCACUGAGUGGGCAGCUGUGUCUGAAACGCCAGGCUAGUUUCAGAGCCAAGAUGGCGCUCGCGCGUCUCCUGUUGCCCUUCUGCCAACAAGAAAGGCUGAGCAGAACUGUAAAAAUGGCUUGGCAGAAUAAUCGAGGAAACGACUACGAUGUGAAUCCUUUUAAACGGAAAUAAACGAUCUGUGGAAGUUU